AUAGCUAUGUCUAAAUAGCUAGCUAUAUUUAAUUGUACUUGCAUUAGCUAGAUAACUAAUGUUGCUUCAUAUCCUAUCGUUAGCAAUUGCAACACCAUCGACAGCGACAAACCACGGGUAGUUAGCGUUAGCACGAAGCUAGCUAACUUAACCGUCCCAACGUUCUUGGUCGCGCAGCUAACAAACGUUAGCUAGCUAUAUAACGUUUCUAUCGUUAGUUAGCUAGGUAUGAUUUGACGUUAGCAAGUGACUCACUAACUAACCUUAGUUACCGUUACAGGUAACGUUAAAACUAGCUAACGAACGUUAGUUGGAAAAAUGAUCAACGCUAGCUAGGUAGCCUAACUACAGUAGCUACCUAACUUAUUACGUAAACUAACGUUAACCGACUCAGAUAGUUUGCCCCACAGACCAACUAACGUUACCUUAGCUAACUAUCACUUUGAAGUGGACAAUAAGCCUAGACUAACGGAGUACUGUAAAGUUGCGAAGGACAAUUAAGCGUUAACGUUAGCUAUUUGAGGAUGUAACGCGUUAGUUAGCUAUCCGUGUUAUAAUUCUAAAAUAUUUGAUUAAAGCGACUUUCUAGCCAGGAGAAGUGGGAUUGAAGUUGGUUGCUAGCUACCAUAGAGAUCAUGUUACGUUGCUACAGCCAGCUAGCCAGACAACGUCACCAAGCAAACCAGGGAUGGCUGGUAAAGCUAGACUCCAUGAAGUCCUGGCUCUGAGUCUGUCCAGGCCCUGAGUGGAGGCACUUUUGCUCGGGCAGAAUGAGACUGCAAGGGUGGCCCCAGCGGUCUAUGUGAAAAGGAAGUGGAAGAAGGAGAGGAUGGGUGUCAAUGCCUCCAGCUAUCCCCAUUCGUGCUCACCCCGAUUUGGUAGCAACUCACAGAGCCAGCAGACGUUUAUAGGGACAUCCUCCUAUGGCUCCCAGGGCUAUGGAGGAGAGGGGAAGCUCUACAGCCUGGAGUCCGGCCCCGAGAAGCCCCAGGACAAGAAGAAGAAGAGCUCAGGCCUAGCCACGCUCAGGAGGAGAUUCAUCAAGCGCCGCAAGUCCAGCCGCUCGGCCGACCACGUGCGACAGAUGCGUGAGCUCCUCUCAGGUUGGGAUGUGCGUGACGCAAACGCCCUGGUUGAGGAGUACGAGGGCACAGCGGCUCUCAAGGAGCUGAACCUGCAGGCGGGACUGGCGCGGGCUGAGGCCCGGAGCCUGCACCGCGACCUGGCCGCCCUCUACCAGCACAAGUACUGUACGGACGUGGACCUCAUCUUCCAGGAUGCCUGCUUCCCUGCGCACCGCGCUGUGCUGGCUGCCCGCUGCCCCUUCUUCAAGACACUGCUGUCGUCAUCGCCAGGCUACGGUGCUGAGGUGCUCCUGGACGUGGGCACGGCGGGCAUGGACGCAGCCAUGUUCUCGGCACUGCUGCACUACCUGUACACGGGCGAGCUGGGCCCAGAAGUGGAUGCGCGGCUGCGGAAUAUGGACGUGCUGGUGCGCCUGAGCGAAGAGUUUGGCACACCCAGCUCGCUGGAGGAGGACAUGCAUGGCCUUUGCGAGCACAUGUGCUUCUACGACUCACUGCUCAGCUUCUCAUCUGACUCGGAGCUGGUGGAGGUCUUCAGUGCCGGGCCAGCUGUUGGGGUAGCAGCUGGAGGAGGAGGGGGACCGGUCAUCCAAGGACCUGCGGACGAAGAGCUGCGCGCCCACAAGGCGGUCCUCUCGGCCCGCUCUCCUUUCUUCCGGAACCUCCUGCAGCGGCGCAUCCGCACCGGCGAGGAGAUCACAGAGCGCGCUCUGCAGACGCCCACGCGCAUCAUCCUGGAUGAGUCCAUCAUCCCCAAGAAAUAUGCCCGUGUCAUCUUGCACUGCAUGUACACAGACGCUGUGGAGCUAGCACUGGUGUUGAGGGGAAGCCCCUCGGCGGGGAGUCUGGGGGAGGUGCAGGCCCUGGUGGCCGGAGGCAGGGGAGUUGCCAGUCGUGCUGAGGAGGCAAUGGAGCUCUACCACAUUGCCCUCUUCUUGGAGUUCAGCAUGCUGGCCCAAGGUUGCGAGGACAUUGUGGUGGAGAGCAUCUCUCUGGACACGGUGGUGCCCAUCCUGAAGUGGAGCUCGCAGCCCUACGGCUCAAAGUGGGUCCACCGUCAGGCCAUGCACUUCCUCUGUGAGGAGUUCAGCCAGGUCAUGACCUCUGAUGUGCUCUACGAACUGGGCAAGGAACACCUGGUGGCUGCCAUCCAGUCAGACUAUUUGCAGGCCAGCGAGCAGGACAUCCUCAAGUACCUCAUCAAGUGGGGAGAGCACCAGCUUAUCAAGAGGAUGGCUGACCGAGAGCCCAACCUCCUAAGCGGCACGGCCCACAGCGUGAACAAGCGGGGGGUGAAGAGGAGAGACCUGGACAUGGAGGAGCUCAAGGAGAUCCUGUCCCCUCUGCUGCCCUACGUCCGCACCGAACACAUACUGCCCGCCCACAGCGAGGUCCUCUCUGACACAAUGAAGAGGGGUCUGAUCAGCACCCCUCCCUCAGACAUGCUGCCCACGGCGGAGGGUGGAAAGGCCAACUCUUGGCUGAGGCAAAAGAGUGCCGGCAUCUACGUGCGACCCCGCCUCUUCUCGCCCUACGUGGAGGAGGCCAAGUCUGUGCUGGAUGAGAUAAUGGUGGAGCAGACAGACCUGGUGCGCCUGCGCAUGGUCCGUAUGUCCAACGUGCCUGACACCCUUUACAUGGUCAACAAUGCUGUGCCCCAGUGCUGUCACAUCAUCAACCACCAGCAAAUCGGUGGCAGCCAGACGACCCCACCCUCAGUGGUGGCCAAUGAGAUACCAGUUCCCAGGCUGGCCGUGGUGAAGGAGAUGAUCCGGAGGCUGCAGGACCUGCGUCACACGGACCAGGUACAGCGUGCGUACGCCCUAAACUGCGGCGAAGGUGCCACGGUUAGCUAUGAGCUGCAGAUCCGCGUGCUCCGCGAGUUCGGCCUGCCGGACGCCGCCGCAGAACUGCUGCAGAACCCUCACAAGUUCUUCCCGGAGGAGCGCUUUGGCGACGAGAGCCCCGUCCUAGCGCUGCGCCAGCCGUCGGGUGGCAGCCGUAGUGGAGGGCGUUGCCGGGUCAACAGCAGCCCAGUUGUGGAGAGCAUGUUCACCGAUCUGGAGGCCAUGGCGGGCUUCCACCCGCCGCUGCCCCCUCCCCCGCCGCCUUACCACCCACCGGCCACGCCCACUCACAAUGCCCAGCUCAAAGCCAGUGGAUGGAGGCCUGGACGUGCCCCCAGCCAGCCCCCGUCACGCUCUUUCUCCUACCCCUGCAACCACAGCCUGCUCCACCACACGGCGAGCUCCUCCUCCAAGCAUGGCAGCCCCGCCUACCCACCGGCGGCCAAGCCCCUGCCGCCAGACUGCACCAAUCGCCAGGGCGGGGGGGUACGCACCCCGCAUCAGGAUAAACAAGGGAACGUGGCGCCGGUCAUCAACGAGUUCAUGCCGGACAUUGCCAUGGGCGUGUCGGCCAUGACCCUGAAGGAGCGUCGCCUGCCCGAGGUCACCAUGGAGGUGGAGCCUCACGACCCGCACCCUCACCCCUCCACGGCCCCUCCCGCUGUGCCCCACUGCCACCUGGGCCUGAACCGCCACGGUCCGUAUGCCUCCCGCAAGAGGCACGCUGCCGAGCCCAAGCCCGAGGCCCAGGCGUCGGAGUAUCCUGACUUGUACGAGUUUCCCGGGCGCCAUGUGAGCUCCUUCGCCGGGCCGGACCUCUACAGUCACAGUCGAGUUCCUUCGGGAGGGGGCCUGGUCCCUCCACAGUACUCCCCCGACGAACAGCAGCCAAACCCCUGCCGCGGCCCAGUCGGCACCCCACUCCGCCUGGAUGUUCUAGAGCAACCCCCCCAGAGACUAGAUCUGGCUCUGGCCAUGCAGAGCGGAGGAGUUCAAGCAGCCGGGCCAUCACACAACCCGAGAGGACGCACCCGAACUGAAACAGACCUCACUUGCGGACUGGGACAGGCGCGGCCCGCAGAACCUUACUCUGAGGAGGUGGUGGGGGCCAGGGACCGCAGGUCGCCCAACAAACCUGAGUACCCUUACAGGAAGUCUGCACUCUGACCCUCCGCAACUAAGACUGUCAGAGGCCUCGGGAAAAGGCAAGAGCGCUAAAGGACGUUUCCUGUAGGGGGAUUUGGGGUUGACGGCGUAGCAUCAGUGGUUGGCAGUGUCUCCGGUGACAGAGUGGUCAUACUCACGCUCAGUUCAGGGCAAAGGCACUAAGCACACAUAGUAGUCCCCCACUCCCCCCUCCCCCGGUGAGCCCCAGGUGCUGCACCAACUAACGAGGUGCGGCGGUCACAGUGCCUUCAGCACAGAGCCAUGGUGGGGGAUGAGGAGGGAAGGCUCGGUUUGGUUGAGAAUUAUUUGUCCAAAUAGAUUAGUCUCAUGAAUUAACAUAAUGGGUCCUAGCCCUUCCCAUCUCUCAGAUUGGAUCCACGCUCAACUACUUGUCCUCCAAUCACCUUUAUUCUUCUCAAAAUGAAAGUCUUGACUGGUCAUCGAACUUUGAAUAAAUCCUUCCCUUUCCGCCCAGUGUUUUGGAUUUUGACAACGCACAGUCAUCGUUUCAUUUCCAUUACACUCAUUUCCUGCAUCAGGAUGAGGGUACUGUAGAGUUAUAUAUUUAUAUUUUUGUCCCGGUAUGCUUUCCUUAGAAAUAAAUUGAAAAAUGCCAAGGCAAUGAGUUGCAAACUCAUUUCAGCAACCUGCCCAUUACAAAUAGCUCCUCCUUUUGAAAAAGGUGGAAUUGCAGUAAUAGCAGUUGUAAUACAUUAUGACCCAUGGGCUGUAUGUCAGUACGGGCAAUUUAAGAUUUUAGCAAGAGCACAAAGAGGAGAAGAGAAAAACAAAUUAAAUCUUCCUACUACUACCAAUGUGGCUACAAGGCAGGAAUAAUAAUUGCAUAGCUGCUUUUAUUAGAAGUGACUAUAGAAGUCAUCCACUUUGCAUACCCAUAGUUAAUGUGAGUGGUCGCCACUGCUCAGCACUAUCUCUUGGUCCUCUCCCACGAUUACCCUUUGCAGAUGUCCUUUUUACUUUAACCUCACUGUAAUAUUCAAUAGCCUGAGUGCUGGGCACUGUAAGUCGUUUGAACCCUGGCUAGUAUUCCAAACCACAUUUCCCACUUUAUUGAUCUAUUACUGUCGAUUGGCCAGAAUGUGCAUAUACACCUGGUUUCCGGGGUCUAAAUUCAACCUCAAUAAUUAAAAAGGAGGGAUAGCACAAUAGCAACAGCAAAUCAAGAACUGAAGUAGAAUAUCCCUGCCUUAACCCCACAGCAAUUUGUGGAGAUUUUUCAAGAUGCAGGCCCCAUGACUGUGCCCUUUGCCUUUUCCAUAGCUCAGCAUGGCCGGCGGCCAUCUUGGAUAAACUUCAACCAAACCAAAGCCCAGUUCCUCAAUCCAAUGACUCCCUGUCUCCCUCCAUGGUGAUCUGAACAAGACUGCUUCGGUCACCAUCCUUACUUUGACGUACUGUACCCAACAACCAACAAUUGUGAUGAUGUCAAUGGAGUUUUGUGGAAGGAGAAUUAAAGCGGGGGGAAACAGUUAAAUGGUUCCUCUUGAGGAUUUGUUUGUCUUGUCCACCGGUCGAAAAGACUUACUCACAAAACCAGCGUAGCUUCUAUUAAAACACGCUCACUCACGGGUCCUCCCUUUCGAUUCAGAAUCUCAACACAUUUUCCAUCCCAUUUUUCACUAGCCCCUGUUGCGCCGCAUUGUCAAAAAAUGACAUUGACUUGGGUUCACUGUAAUUAUCUUCCUUCUGUUACCAUCUCCUCGCACACGGAGAAAUGAAAUUGCUGUAUUGUGCCCCUGCUAUACUACCAUUCACACAUUCGCUAAUGUUUUAUAACGUUUUCCGUUGCGUGUCCUAAUGAACAUGACCUGGCUCUCUGUAUAAUGCUGAUGCCUCAUGUUUGUGAGGCAGACUCACCUCUGAUGGUUGGCAAAUGAUGUUUCUCUCACAGAAAACCUCACAUGAAUACCUUCCUUUAUCUCAGCAGUUGAAAUUACUAAUUUCUGUAUUCCUUUUCAGUGUGUGGUGAUUCUCAAGGCAGAAGGUACUGGAGAAGCAUAGAAAUCCCUACUUGUUGGUGAUUUUUUUGUAUUGUUCUUUUGAACCUGGUUGGUCAACUGCAGGGAGACAGACUAUAGUUAUUGUUUAAGGCGUUUACCUAGUCAAUUUCGGAAGUUGGAUGAAGUCCUCCAGUUGGUUUUGAUUCAUUCAUGCAUGUAUGAAUGGUGGGACAUGGAAUACUCUUUCUAUCAAUUCAUGAAUGAGGUCGGAUUGUGAAGCAGGUUGGGAUAAGGUUGGCUAAGUAUGUUUGCAGGCUUUUUGAUAUGGCUUUUUGUCACCCCUCGCUUUCGAUGGUGGCGACUUGAAGACUAAUGUACAUCACCAAGACAUAGAUGAGUAUCAAUUAGAAUUUAUUUUGAUUGUCACUGGCAUGCUCAGAACCUUAGUUUGGGUGUUGGCUCUUGUGUCGAGGGUCAAAAGCAGCAUCUGUCGUCUGAUAUGAGUUAUCCCUCUAAUGGCUCUGUUGUUUACUUUUCCAUUGCUCUCUCCUCCACCCCCCUUCUGGGCUCAUUGGCAUUUGAUGGUGCAAUUCCUCAAUCCAAACUUGGGUCCCUUUCAGUUCUUGUCUUAGCCUGGUCCCAGAUCUGUUUGUGCUCUUGUCUACUCCAUUGUCAAGCUAAAUGUUUGGUAUGACAAUUCCAUAAGGAGCUGGUGAAAGAGCAGAAACAGACUUGCAACCAGGCUAUGUCUUGUCUCUACCCAGACUUCUUCACUUACUAUAGACACUCCACAGUACUUUAACCUUAAAGGCUCUCAUUUUAUGCCAAGCACUCCCUCAUUUGAACCUCUGGAACUCAUAUACUGGAAUGCAAAUGAUUAGAACUGUACAGUAGUGCUAAUAUCUUUGAGAUCUAUCUUGAUGUCUCUGUGGCUGUUUUGCUAAGAUCAUAACCUGCAGAAGAUUGUUUUCCUUGGCUUUUCUGCUAAUCUUUUCGACCUCCCGCGGGUGAGUGCUCACUGCUGCCGCUGCUUGAGGCUAGAAGGGGUGGUGUGUGUUCUCACGUCACGGUGGGUGUGUGUUGUUGAUGCUCUGUUCUCCACCUUAAGGGAUGAGCUCAACAACAGCUUAACCAUUGUCCAUAGUGGGCUGUCUCUCUUACUAAUGACCGUGGACAGUACUGUAGCUAGUAUAGUUGUGAAAGAGCGGUGCAGUUGUCAUUGGAAGAGGAAGGAUGUCUCGAGCGGGAGGUUGCCAGUCUUGGGUAGUUUGAAUCAUUUCUAUUUUUGGGUGCUGGGUUGGAGUUUUAGUAUGGAUACGUUUUUUUUUUAAUUACAUUUUUCGAAGACCUGACUACUCUGCAAUAUGAGACUGUCAGUCUAUAAGGAGGGGAGAGAAAAAAGUGAGCGAGUCAGCGCAGCCCUUUGCAAACAAUGGGCCUGUCACUGUGACUGCUGCAGCAGUGAGCUUAGAAGAGAGUUCGCCCUCUCAGCACCUUCCUCCAGACCCCUCCUCCAGACCCCUCCUCCAGACCCCUCCUCCAGCACCCUCCACCAGACCCCUCUGUACUUGAGCCUUAUUCUCUCACUUAAUGCCCAGAGUACCCCCACGUAGACACGUUGCUGCACCGUACUGCAGCCCCCGAGGCCAGAGCCUCCCCUUCCGCCCUGCAUACCGCCAAGGUCAUCCAGACCUGACCUACAGAAGAUGGAGGGAGAGGCAGAGAUGGAGGGGAGUAGAUGGGACAGCCAUGGGAGUGGGACAAAGAUAUGAGAGAACCAUGAGAUGUUAUCUCCUGUUUAUCCCAUUAGCGAAGGGCUCCCCCGGCAGUAACGUAGAGAUGGGAGCUUCAGAUCUAAUAAACACGUUGCCCCCCUCCAAGCAGCAGGAAGGGAAUGCCAGGCCGUGCUCUAUUGGCCCACUUUUCUCCUGGGCUUGUUUUAACCUUAAAGGGAAGGUCUUCACCCCGAGACCCUGUGUGAUAAAGUGAUAACCAACCAGGCACGUUGGAAUCUGAUUCUGCAGCCCCUGAGGACUGCAGCCGGAGGUCUCUUGAAUUAAAUAACAGUCAAAUAAAAUCUCCUGAUGCAGCUUUCCGCAAACUGGCAAAUACAGGUUUGAGCUAUAUUCGUUAUGUAUUUGGACUCAUGAACUAAUUUCCUAGCCAAAAUAGUUACCCGUUUACUUUACGAAAACUGCACAUGUAUGAGCUAAUUGCUAUGCUAAUAUAGUUAUGAGCUUAUGGCAGUUUGGCAAACACAGGUGGUAUGAUCUGUUUUCUCUCCAAAUACUAGUGAGGCCAUUUUCACUGACACAGGAAUGAAUUGAUUUUGAUGGUCAUUCAGGUAUGAGCUCAUCUAUUUUAAUGGAAAAUGCAGAGGUCUCUUUGAAGUGUAGAGACGACCCCCUGGUCUGCCCUGAACAGUGUCUCAUCUGUGCUGAGGAUGAGGGCUUGACUCCUGGCUUUGGACAGAGUGAGUAGACGAGCAUUACCAAUCCUACAGUUUGUUCGGGUUUUUUUUGCCUUUCAUGGGUUAGGCUAGAUGACUAAUUCCAUUGUAUUGUUGUAAUAUUGUGUGUUUUACCACAAUGGUUGGACAAACAUGACUGUUGCAAUAAAGAUGAAAGCUGGUAACCUGCGGACUGUUAACCCUUUAGAGAACCAAUAUGAUGAUGCAUACCCACUCAUUUGAUUCAGAAUGAUAGACAUUGACAGCAACUUGUACAGAGGGCCUCACUAUUGCACUAAAAUGAUAAUCUCACAACAGUAUUGUAUGUUUGUUUUCACUGAUGAGUAGCACUCCUGUAGGUAGAAUGGAGAUGUUCAGUUGAUUGUCCUCUUGGGUAGUUUGAGCUUGGUGGGUCACACAUUUCCUUUCACUAACCACGUUUCUGAGUAGUCAUUACAGUAUUUAAAAAAACCAUCAUGACAGCUGUGAUGGAACGUGGACGUUUCGGUACAAUUUUAUAAAUUCUGACAAAUCAUUUUGUUUGACUUGGUGGGAUCUUUUUGUGUCUGUAAAAUUAAUUAUGCAAGCAAUGGAGGUGGAAUUGCCUUUAUGCGCAAAUAUUGAUAUAAUAACCAUCCUCCCACUAUGACGCUGAAAGCAUGUAGUUUAUUAGGCUACAGAUUAAAUAAAUGAUGAUGAACGUGCAAGGUGUUGAGCUUGAUGCUGCUUUCCAAUAAAUAUUGAGGGUUUUAUUCUGGUGACAUGAUGAUCGAUGCUCGACUGCCGUUUGACAAACACAAAUGUUUUUCUAUCCAUAAUAAUCUCAUGUAGACUAACCUACCCCAACAGCGUACCCGCGAGCUGUUGGCUAGAGCGCAUGCGCCAAGACCAGAGUGGGUACAUUUGCUGUUUAACGCAACGUUUUUUGUGACAAAACUAUCGGUAGAGUUGAAAAUGUGAUGGAAAACCGUCGAACUUUAGAUUUUUCUUCAGUACAUAAAAUUUAAGCGAAAAAGUACAUUUGGUGUGCACUGUCAUCAUGCACUGCUUUUUAUCCGCAACAAGUCUGUUUGGUGGAACCGUGCAUAUUUUCUUUAUGCAGAUUUUUUGAAUAUUUGCAUGAAAAUCUGUCACCAUUUUAGAUGUAAACCUAGCUAUUGUCUAUCAAAAAAGUACUAUGGUAUGUUACCUUUGCAUUAUGAGUUGACUUUAAUAGACCCUUAAUUACAUGAUCAUGUAAGCUACUGUAUUUAGAGAUGCACUCACACUUUCUCUAGGUUUUCACAUGGACCAGGUUGGGGGCUGGGUAUGUAACAGGCUGAUACCAUACUAUGUGCUGUAGCCAACUCUUCUAUUGUUGUCAAGCCGUAUGUACAUGUUUGGCAUGUCAGCGAAUUAACUCGUACUUCGCUAAAGCACAAACAGAUCUGGACCACCAGGCUAGAUAUAAUAACCCAUUUCCUGCUUUCUGGUUUGCAUUAGGACAUCCGGUAUCAGCGGCAACGGGAGAUUUCUUCAUUUAAGACUGUUCUGUCGGUUCCUCUAGAUCCUCCUUUAGCGCCCCCCCCCCCCCCCUCCCUCUCGUAUGGAGACGAAAGAGUGCCUUCCCUGCCAGUGGCUGGGCAUCCUUAUCUUCGUCCUAUGCAAACAUUUUCUACCAGCCCACUCAACCAGUCUCUUUGUAAUAGUGUAGCCAAUGCUUCAUAUACAUAGUGGUUUCAAAGAGUAUUUUUUUAUUUUAGGUACUUUUGAACAGUCUCUGAAAUGUUGUUUUGUUGUACAUAUACAUUUUUCUAUAUAUAAAACAAAUAUGUCACAAGUAUUUGUUGUAUAUAUCACGAGAAAAAAAGCUUUCUCUCGUAGACUUAAGGAAUUGUGGAAAGUCUAUUUUUCUACUCUUCUCAGUUGGGAUUGUAACAGUGGUAAACUCAAAUCUGCAAUUUAGGUGACUGACAUCUUCAAAAUAAACAGCUUUGAUAAAAAUUA